AUGCUAUUAGGAAAACUAUUACUACGUAACAAGAAUCCUUCCCAUACUACAACUUUCACCAGGAGACAAAUUACAACUAUGUCCCUAUCUAAAGAUCACACCAAACUGUUAAUCCCCGGCCCAAUCACCCUUUCCACCGAAGUGAUUGCUGCUUUGGGACAACAAUCUGUGUCACAUACAUGUCCGUCCUUUACUACUUCUUUCAAGGACACUUUAAAGAUGCUACGUCAAGUGUAUGUUGCUCAUGAGGCUAGAGGGAUGCCCCUAGUUAUCUCGGGUUCCGGAACGUUAGGGUUCGAUUUGGUCGGUUCAAAUUUGAUCAACCCAGCAAAGGACCAAAUUUUGUUAUUAUCUACUGGGUUUUUCAGUGAUGAAUUCCAUGAAGCAAUUUCGACUUAUUACGUAGAUAACUCGAACCAAGUGACUCGUUUGUCUGCUGCUAAUGCCGGGGAUUCAAUCCCAUUGAACAAAAUAGAAUCUGAAUUACAAAAUAAGAAAUAUAACCUGAUUGUAAUGACUCAAGUAGAUACUUCAACAGGUGUGCUAUUAGACAUUGAGAAAAUCGCGGCUUUAGUUCAUAAAGUUUCCCCAGAUACAUUGAUUGCAGUCGAUACUGUAUGCUCAUUAGGUUGUGAAAAUAUUCAGUUCGAUAAAUGGGGGCUUGAUAUAUGUAUUAGUGCUUCACAAAAGGCCAUUGGUGCACCACCGGGAUUAUCUCUUGGUAUGGUUAGUGAUAGAGCCAUUUUAAAAUCGGAAACAGACAUCACUUCACGUAAUGGUAGUUAUUAUACUUCUUUCAAGAAAUGGCUACCUAUCUUAGAGGCAUUUGAGUCUGGAAAGCCAGCGUAUUUUGCAACACCACCUGUUCAAUUGAUUGAUUCCUUAAGAGUCGCUUUGGAACAAAUUUUACAAUUCUCUUACAAGGGUCAAACCGGUAUAGAGGCAAGAGUCAACAAACACAAGGAUACAAGUGAUAACUUCAAGACUUGUAUCACUGACAAGUUGGGUCAACAGUUAGUGUCUAAGACUUUAGAUAAUUCUGCUCAUGGUCUUACUGCCAUCUAUGUUACAAACCCACCAUCGGUGAUCAGUUACAUGCAACAACACGGCUAUACCAUUACAGGUGGGAUCCAUAAAGAUAUUAAGAGCAAAUAUGUCAGAGUCGGUCAUAUGGGUGUGAGUGCAUGCGAUGACUCUCUAAAUGAUAUCUCAGGUUGUCUUUCAACUUUGAGUGAUGCUUUACAACAACAACAACAACAACAACAGCAGUGA